CACUCUUGAAAUGUUGCGUUACCCUGGUUUUGUGUAGUACUCUUACGAUGCAUUGAAAUAUGUUCAGUCCGUUUAGGCAGAAUUAAUAUACACUAGUGAUUGGAUCUUCAAAGCACUGUAAAUCCCAAGAAUUGUUAUAGGCCACCUGUCCUUUUAUUCUUACUACUCAAGACUUCCUUUCCGUCCUUUUUAAGUUCCGCUGUGAAUGGAUUUACCUGCUGUAUUCAAAUCCACUUUAGAUCUUCCUGUUGCUGGAUUUACCGUCACUAUUGUCCAAAUAGAGUUUUCUGACCACUUAAUGGUACUUAUUUCACGCAAUGGAAUGAUUGGGGAUAUUGUAUUGUCCCAAAAAAGCAAUCUACCGACAGUAAAUGGUCAUGUUUCUCAUGAUCUUGAUACUCGGACCCUGUUUGGUCCUGACAAAUUUUGCUUACAGAUAUAUGAUUUAUUCCCGUGCAAUGCAUCAAUUGUCCUUUGAUAUUUUAUUGUUUUUGAAUACUUGUCUUAUCACCAGGCUGAUCACUAAGAUUUUGGAUACUUCAAAAACAAUACUUGUUAGUACUGAUUUCAAAGAAGACAUUUGUUUUAGUGAUACUCAACUAAUUUGUGAUGUUUUAAAAAAUAUAAGAUCGACAUAGCAUAA